GUGGGGGAGACCCCCAUUAUAUUAUAAAAUAAACAAAGCUGACUCAACUGCUUUACCCAAGGUCAAGAUGUCACAGUCAACUUUAUGUCAGUCCUCCCAGUACAGAGCUAUUCAGAACCUCUAUGCUGACUUAGUGGAAGCUAUCUAUCCAGAAAUACAAAACAUUAUGGCCAAAGCAUUCAGCAAGAAUAUAAUUGGAAAAGAACUACUGGAUAUAUCCAUGGAAUCGAGUAUUACAGCUAAUCAUAAAGCUAAAAUGUUUAUGUCUGCUAUUGUUUCUCGAAUAAAGCUCGACAGUAAUGCUUUCGAUGUAUUCCUGAAGCUGUUGAAAAAAGUAGAAUCAUUGGAGUACAUGCAAGAACGUUUAGAACAAGAAGUGGCUAACCUUCAGCGUGAAUCAGCUUCGAAUCUACUUUCAGAUGAUACUACUGAUGUCCAAAGCGAUACACAACAGUUACUACCUAACCUUGAUCCGUCUGAGGAAAUUGAGCUCAUUGCUCCUGCUGAGGAGAACUCAGACUUAGAAGAACCCCAUGACAUGCGACAGGGAGAAGAAGGCCAGUAUUACACAGCCAAAGAGAUUCAAUUCUUAAACAAAAGAUACUUCUCGCUUGGGCAAUGUUACACAGUAUAUCUACUUCUGGCUGUUUCUUUGUACGCUGUUGGGACUGUUGGAAUUGGAUUAGGAGUGCGUAUAAUUGCUGGUAUGGAUGACUGCAAGUCAGUGUCAAUAACAGUUUAUGGAAAGACUCAGCUGAUCGGUUUACUGAAUGCUGGAUAUGGUGCAUUUGUACUACUAGUCGGAGUUUCUUUGAAUUUGAUUGCCACGUUUUUUGCUCUACUAACUCCAUAUCUUUGCUGUAGAUUGUUUGGAAAGUGUCAACAUCGAGGAUGGAGAGUUCCAUUAUGUAUUGGUGCUCUGUUAGGAAUUUGUGGUUUGAUCACUGCUGGCGCUACUGCAAUUUACUCUGUUAUUGCUGGUGCGUCUUUUUAUCCUCUUACACAGCAGGAGUUUGAAAUUCCUUACUGUUUUAGAAUUCAUUACUACUCAACUUUUGUAUUCCUUCUUAUCACACAUGUACUGACAUCAGUUGUUGCAGCUGUGUGUCUUAUCGCUUUCUUGAUUAAGUGUAUUUUUGCUUUAAUUAAGUGCACUAUCUUUAGUAAUUAAAAUGUUCUGCAUAAUUAUUUAUUUUUCUCAAUGAAAAUACACCC